GUCAGGUGGUAUUCGGGAUGCAGAGUUUCAGGUCCGGCGGCGUCCCUCUCCGGCGCAUCACCUGUCACCGGCAUGACGUGAGUUUUGAUUCUUGACGUCCCGGAAGCAACGUAGGCGGCUCCCAGGCUGGCGGCGGAUGUUGACAGAGGCGGAUUAACGAGUUUUUGGGGCGAAGGAGGGGCGGCAUUUGUGACGGAGCCGGUUUCAAGCGUUUUGUGGUUCUGAAGCGGGGCUAACGUUUAGCUUGGGCGCGAACGACAGACACCGAAUCUCCAAUGAGAGUUCGAGCCCGGAAAAGGACUUGAAGCCGAACCGCACGCUUCGAAGGAGCGCCACUUUGAUGGUCAACGCGUCUGCCUGGUGUCGGUCAAGCUUGUGAAGCCAAGGGUGGUGUGUUCUGGAGGCGAAGGCGCGACGGCACUGUGCGUCGCUGGAUAUUUGUGGACGAUGGGGACUCAAGGACCCGGCAGAAAGAGGCUGCCCAACCUGGAGAAGCUGACCGCAGAGGACGAUGCUCUCAACCAGAUCGCCCGGGAGGCAGAAGCACGCUUGGCGGCGAGGCGAACGGCAAGGGCGGAGGCCCGAGACAUUCGGAUGAAGGAGCUGGAGAAGCAACACAAAGAGAAGUAUUAUGGUCUGGAUUAUAAAUGGGGUCACAUUGAGCAGUGGAUGGAGGACGGCGAGCGCUAUUCUCGCCACGCGCGGAGACUCGCUUCGCUGUCAGAUGAUGAAGAGCGGAUGUCCGUGGGGAGUCGAGGCAGUCUGAAGCCUUCAGAUUACAGCUCAUUUCUCGGUUCUGGCUCCCGGGCGUCCUCCAGAGCGAGUUCGGCUCGCGCAAGCCCCGUGGUGGAGGAGAGACCGGACAGAGACUUCCUGGAUAGAGGCUCCAGAACAGCGCUGAACCUUUCUGCAGCCACUCUAUCUUCCUUGGGUGGAGCGUCAUCCCGCAGAGGAAGCUGUGACACGUCAGUCUCCGUCGAGAUGGAGGCGUCAAUCAGGGAGAUGAAGGUACUCACCGGAUGUGGGAACCCUGCUGUAGAUAGAGAUGAUGAUGCUCAAAGUAUUUGUAUGUCAUUACUUGGGAUUUCUAAUGUAACCCGUGUGCGUUUGCAGGCAUACGAACGUGAGCGCGACAGUCACGUUGUCCUUCAGUUCCAGUUUAAAGAGAUGAAAGAGACUAUGAGACGAAGUGAAGACCUGAUGAUGGAAGUGUCAAAGUUACGAGAACAAACACAUGCUUACUCUCAGGUGGUGUCUGACUUGCAGGAGGCUCUGCAGUGGAAGGAAAUGAAGAUUGCGGCUUUAGAGCGUCAGAGGGAAAUCUCUGACGUCAUUCAAAUCGAGCGCGACCAGCUGAGAGUUGAGGUGCUCAGCCUCCGAGAUGUUGUCAAGAAAUACGGCGACGUCAUUUCUCCUGAGGUCGCAACCGACGGGGGGCCGAGAUUGGACGAUGCUGAGGAUGAAGUCAGCGAUAGCUUUGCUUCCCGGUUGGCGAACGAAGCUCCUGGGAGCGGAGAGAGCAUGCUAGGUAAGACUCGGUUGCCAGGAAGCACAGAAUAUCAUUCCACGAUAGUAAAGCAGGGGUGUUUCCAGUUUAAAGAGAUGAAAGAGACUAUGAGACGAAGUGAAGACCUGAUGACGGCUUUAGAGCGUCAGAGGGAAAUCUCUGACGUCAUUCAAAUCGAGCGCGACCAGCUGAGAGUUGAGGUGCUCAGCCUCCGAGAUGUUGUCAAGAAAUACGGCGACGUCAUUUCUCCUGAGGUCGCAACCGACGGGGGGCCGAGAUUGGACGAUGCUGAGGAUGAAGUCGGCGAUAGCUUUGCUUCCCGGUUGGCGAACGAAGCUCCUGGGAGCGGAGAGAGCAUGCUAGAGCUACAUCUGAGGAAGCUAUUUGAAGAGAGAGAAAGUUUCCAGGAUCAGGUGAGAAUGCUCAAGGCUCAACUGCUUCUGAGGCAAAGAAACUGGUCCGAUGGGAGCCAAAAUCCAGACCAAGACGGUCUAGAAAACGGCACAGACUCGCAUAUGGCGGACCUUCAGAGGGAUGCAAGCAGACAAAUCAGCGACCUGAAGUUCAAACUGGUGAAAUCCGAACAGGAAGUUGCCACUCUGGAACAAAACGUCAUCCGGCUGGAAGGUCAGGUGACUCGCUACAGGACCGCAUCAGAGAGCGCAGAGAUGCUUGAGGACGAGCUGAAGGUCGAGAGGAGAAAACUACACCGAGAAUUGCGCUCAGCUUUGGAUCGGAUUCAGGAGCUGGAGGCGACGAAUGGCCUCCUCGCCAAACGUUUGGAGAAGAUGAAGGCCAACCGCAACAUCCUGUUGGCCCAGCAGUGACCCCGACGUCCCCGAGAGGAGCCCGACUCCUCCCGCAACGGUCUCCCGAGUGACUCUCCGCGUUGGAGAGCGUGCGGAAAUCUUUUCCCCUGCAACUGGACUCGGCAAUGGCUUCUGUUGGGUGACGGCUGCUUGAUUUUCAGCAACGGGCGGGACCAUUUGGAUGGGGUUUGGUGUCACCAGGUAAUGUGGGGCUCCAUAGAAUGUCUUAGGAUGUCCUGAAACCCCGCACAAGUGCUCGGCCAGGUUCUGAAAACAAAUGA